UGGAAGUAGUAUUAUUUCAUGCUUUCACAAAUAAUGUGAAUAAGAAAUCAUUGUGAAACAAAUCCAAUUGGUUGUAAACACUUUGGACAAAAUCUUGUGACUUGUAUUGCAAGUGUAUAAAUUUAUAUAAAAACUGAUUUGUUAGAACAUGCUAAUGUGAUAUAACCAUAUCUGAUUUCACUAUGGACGUAUUUCUCUGCACUGUUUUACUAGCUCUACUGCAAGCCAAUCUAGGAGUUCAUUCAUUUUCUGUUAUGCAGAAUGCUGAAACUACGCCUCCAGCAGUCGGUACACCACCUGCUGAUUCACAGGAUAAUAAAAGUGUACAGAUGGAAGUGGUGAUAACGCCGAAUGUUACAGGAGACGCAGAAAACACAGAAAAUUUACCAGGAGAAGAAAAACCAGAGCACAUAGUUAAAGUAGUUGAUGUAGCAGUGCAAACACCCCCGGAAUUUUACAAACCAAAAACUCUAGAUGACACAACACUGGCGUUUUAUAAAACAGUAGUCAAAAUUAUGGAACGAUUAUCAGAAGCCUUUCAUAAAAUAUACAGAGAUGUGGAGAAAUUCAAGAGGAAACUCAAACCGAAUAGAAGCUGAGAAUAUGCUGCAGUGAAAUGAAGUUUGUUUAACACGUUACUUUGAGAUUACAUCCAGUGACUGAGUGUUUCGUUUUUGCUCAUGUAUUGUGAAACUAAGUCUCUUUUAUUUAUCAAAUAUAGUUUCUGUAAAGAUUUGUCAAUA